AUGUACGAAUCUUAUAGACCGCAUCCCUUUCUAGCCCAAGUCCCUUUGACCGUCUCCCCGUUUAUCAAUCUGCCCACCGCGAUAACACUUCCCUACACAUACAAAUCCGUCCCCUCCACGCUACCACCCUCCGUCACGGGUGAUCCCGGGAACCCCGAUGCCAAAACCCGCUAUAUUGUAUCAGCCAGUGGUGAGCACGCAGCGCAUCCAGAUGAAAUUCUAGCGGCGUGUCAGUCACUCGAGCAACAUCUGAAGAAGACCCGGAGUGACGCAGACGACGCCAUCAAGCAAUGGGAAGAGUCUAUUCGCCAGCGGGAUUUAGCUGAGAAGAGACGAGUGGCUCCGGGAUGGUUGGACCGGGAAGAGAAGCUACUUCAACCGAGUAGAGCAAGUUUCGCCUCGCCAUCUGGUGAACAGAGUCUGUUGGACAGCACGUCUGCUGAUCAAAGUGCUGCCACUCUCCCGUCGAUGAAGCCACGCGAUGAAGGUGAAGAGCUGGACCAAGCGUUCGGCAGAAUGGGUGUCAAAUGA